AGAGAGAGAGAGUAAUUUCGAAUCAAGUAGGGAUUAGCAGAGAAUCAACAAUGGAGUGUAGUACUCAUCAACCUUGUUAGUGAUCUCAGUCACGCUGUAAAAUUGGUUUUGUUUUGUUUUGUUUUUAUCUCUUGUGCUCUUUCUCUUUCUCUUUUUCUCUAUAUGCAUAUGCAUAUGCGAAUAUUGGAACUGCAAUUGCAAAGCAUUUCCGAUCCAAAGGAAAGAGAACCUUUGUGACAGCUGUAUCCACCGAAAGAAAAUCCCCUUGAGAGAUUAGAUAUUUGAGUGUUGUGUUUCUUCCGAUUCGCAAGUGGCGAGAUCCCUCUGUAAACCUAGGGUUUUCGCUUGUGAGAGCCAUGGCGACUUCUUCGAGUUCUAGCUGGCGCGAGGGCAUGUCCGCCGAUAAUAUAAAGGGUCUAUGCCUUGCUCUAUCCUCUAGCUUCUUCAUCGGUGCUAGCUUCAUCGUUAAAAAGAAGGGUUUGAAGAAGGCCGGUGCUAGUGGAAUCAGGGCAGGAAGUGGAGGUUAUUCUUACUUGUAUGAGCCACUUUGGUGGGUGGGCAUGAUAACAAUGAUUGUUGGAGAGAUUGCCAAUUUUGCGGCUUAUGCGUUUGCUCCAGCUAUAUUGGUCACCCCUCUUGGUGCUCUUAGCAUUAUUAUCAGUGCUGCUCUUGCUCAUAUUAUUUUACGGGAGAGGCUACAUAUAUUUGGAGUUCUUGGUUGUGCUUUGUGUGUUGUGGGGUCUACGACAAUUGUUCUACAUGCACCUCAAGAACGGGAAAUUGAAUCAGUGACAGAAGUAUGGGAUCUUGCUAUGGAGCCAGCAUUUGUCUUUUAUGCAGCUUUGGUUAUAAUAGCUGCCUUCGUUCUUAUCUUCCACUUCAUUCCUUUAUAUGGCCAGACACACAUACUGGUUUAUAUUGGUGUUUGUUCUCUUGUAGGUUCUCUAUCGGUAAUGAGUGUUAAGGCUCUUGGAAUUGCAAUAAAGUUAACUCUGUCAGGGAUGAAUCAACUACUUUACCCUCAAACUUGGGCAUUCACUCUAGUUGUAGCUGUUUGUGUGCUUACCCAAAUGAAUUAUUUAAAUAAGGCACUGGAUACUUUUAACACUGCAGUGGUGUCUCCCAUAUAUUAUACUAUGUUCACAACACUAACCAUCGUGGCUAGUGUUAUCAUGUUUAAGGACUGGGAUAGACAAAGCCCAACACAAGUUAUCACGGAAAUAUGUGGGUUCGUGACAAUACUUUCAGGAACUUUUCUUCUGCACAAAACUAAGGAUAUGGUUGAUGGUAUGCUGCAGCAAUCGAGUUAUAGUUUGCAAUCAUCUAUUAGACUUCCUAAGCAUUCAGAAGAGGAUGGCUUUGAUGAUGGGGAAGGCAUUCCUCUUAGACGGCAAGAAUCCUUGAGAUCACCAUGAUAUGUUCCGCGCAUAACAUCUUUCAUAUCUUGACGAGCUUGAGGCACUGGGGAGGGACUUUGCCAAGGUCAUCGUGUAUUUUACUGAUUAUUUCCCUCCCCAUCAUAUUUUUUUCCCGGUACAGUUGGAGUGGAAGGAUGAAAGUUUCAUAUCAUUGUUCUUUUGGCGUCCUGAUGAAUAUGGUUUCUGAUCUUGCCUUGUAUACCCCUUCACUCCAUUUCGAAGACAAAGGCCAAUGUAAUUUUCUGCACGCUGUUUUUAUAUAGUGUAUCUCAGUUAAAUGAAAGUAUUCAUCAUCAAAUUUUGAACUGGAUAGCGUAGCAGUAUUAUCAGUAUCUGCCAUUUGAACUCGAGCUGACCUCGAUAU